UCGAGUUGGCUGCUGAAGCCUUUCCAGCGAUCUGAUCCUACCGUUGGGAAGCCAGGUGAACACGAGACCUUCCUGCUGCAUAUUCAGGCUGGUGUAAAUGCCCUCCGUCGAGAGAACACUGUUCUCGUCUUCUCAGGUGCGAAGACAGAACGGGAUGCGUCCUUGAGCGAAGCUGACAGCUAUCGAAACGUCCUCAUGCAAUGCUUCGGAGAGUCUAACGUUGUGCAACAAGCCAUGGCAGAUGGCAGGAUUUUGUGCGAAGAUGCUGCAACAGACAGCUAUCAGAACUUGCUCUUCUCCCUCAUCAAGUAUUACGGAGUCAAAGGAAAUUGGCCGCAGAUGGAAUGCCACGCCGACGCAAUCUGCUGGCCUGGCGAGAAGAUACGCGUGCAGGGAAUCAAUCCUCCCUUCUCCUUGUCGGAAUUGCGGGAUGUACAAAGGUUAGAGAAGCAGACUCUGGAUCUUUUCAAAGCAGACCCUCAUGGUGCUCAUGCUCCAUUGUCAAUGAAGCGAACAGCAAGGCAAUGGUCAACGAAUAUUGAUCUGCUUGGGAACAUAUCGGACACAUCCGUGAAACACUCUAUAGAGGAAUUGCUGGGCUGUCGUGAGCGCAAUACAUUCCACAGACCUUUACCAUGGACGGAAACGGUCCUUGAUAGUCCUUCAAACAAAUCGACGAAAUAU